AUGGGGAGCCUCGACCAAUCGGCUUCUGUCUUUUCGUCCCUCGACUCCAUCCCGUACGAUGAGGCUUACCGGGUCUUGGCAGCGUUCACGAAAAACCCGAGCCCGGAUAAGAUCAGUCUCGGGGCUGGCGUCUACCGGGAUGGCGAGGGCAAGCCGUGGACCUUGACUUCGGUGAAACAGGCAAUUCCUCGGCUCCCGGACAACUAUGAUUAUCUUCCCCAAGGAGGCUUCCCCCCUUUCAUCAGCGCAUCUCGGAAGCUGCUCCUAGGAGACCUCAGCGAGCGCGUCGACGAAAAGUUGAUUUCAAUCCAAACGGUCUCCGGCACAGGCGCCUGCCACGUCGGCGCCGUCCUCCUGAUCAACAGCUUCAAGCCCAAGAACGUGUGGAUCUCCGACCCGACUUGGAUCAACCACUCCCUGAUCUGGGAGUGCGCGGGUCCGGAUGUGACCAGGAAGUUCUACCCGUACUACCAUGCGGAAACAAGGUCUUUCGACUUUGAGGGCAUGAUUGCGGCUCUCGAUGGCGGAGCGGAAAGGGGCGACGUCGUCAUUCUCCAGGCGUGCGCGCAUAACCCGACUGGCUUGGACCCUAGCAAGGAGCAGUGGAAAUCUAUCGCCGACAUAUGCGAGAAGAAGGGGCUUAUUUCUUUCUUUGACACCGCAUACCAAGGCUUCGCCUCAGGCGACGUAGACGAAGACGCCUGGGCAGUUCGGCAUUUCGCCGAGCGUGGAACGCUCGAGCUGUGCAUUGCGCAGUCCUUUUCGAAGAACUUCGGUCUUUACGGAGAGCGCGUCGGCGCCUUCCACCUGCUCGCCCGAGACGCCGCCGUCAAGCCGGCGGUGCAAUCGCAGCUUGUCCGCAUCGUCAGGUCUGAAGUCUCGUGCAGUCCGUCGUUCGGGUGCAAGAUCGUGGCCACGGUGCUGAACGACGAGAAGCUCCGCAGCCAGUGGGUCGAGGACCUCAAGACCAUGAGCUCACGCAUCAGGAGCAUGCGAGAGGCGCUGCUGAAGGAGUUGCAGAGUCGGGGCACGCCGGGUUCUUGGGAUCACAUUGUUUCCCAGAUCGGCAUGUUUUCUUAUACGGGCCUGAACAAGGAACAAGUAAAGGAACUGGAGAGCCAGCAUCACAUCUACCUGCUGUCAAGCGGUAGGGCAUCGAUACCAGGCCUCACCUCCCACAACGUAGCACGCGUUGCUCAAGCAAUAGACGCAGUGGUCAGAAAGACUCAAGGGUGA